GCAGGUGAGAAAUUUCAUAAAACAAAAUACUGUUUCCCAGUGUUAUAAUUCGUAGAACUCUCUUGCUUUCCACUUAUCACCAAAUGUUCUAAUGCACAAAAUAUAAGUAAAUCACGUUGAUUGACUAAAUAUAUAGCAGAAAUGAAAUCAGAUUGAUGCCUUAUUUCGAGAGUAAACUUGAACAAGUGAAAUUAUUAGAAAUUCAAAAAAUUUAAUUUCUAUUUCUGUCGUAGUGCAUUCCUUAGAAAAGCAAAUGCAACCAACCGACUUCUCAUAGGAAUCAUCAGACAUUAGGAGACGACUUUAAAUUUGUAGUUUGUGCGCCAAAAUUCUAAGUGGAAGUGAAGUCUUAGUGAAAAUCACGCGUAUUUCCUAAGCAAAAAGAAAGUAUAUAAUUAUAUAUGUACAUACUUGUACACACAUAUAUGUAAUAAAUAUAAAGUGCGUUGUGUGAUAAUAAUAUUUGAUAUAUUUGAUGUCAUAGUUAAGUUCUUUCUGCUGUGAUAGUGAUAUUUUGCUCUUCAAGAUAGGAUUUAAAUAUAGUGUGCUCCACAUACUAAGUAGCUUCGAAUAAAAAGCAUUCACCAAUUCAUAGUCAAUCGAUUGCAACAUAUAGAAAAUGGCAAAUAAAAUGGUAUUUUUUGGACUCAUCGUCGCGCUUCUCCAAGCGGCGAGCACAGAGGGAGCUAACCACGAGCCUUCUCUGGACGAUGUGCCACUUUCAAUUUAUGUAGAUGCCGGUAAGGAAAUAGACCAUUUUAUUAGCUUGGCGAAAUCAAUCGAUGAAAAACAAAGAAUUUUAGAGGAGGCAUUGGCAAGGCUGUCGGCAGAAGUCAAAGAAACGGAGCAACGGUGGAAUGAAAGGCUGUCGGCGGAAGUCAAAGCAACGGAAGAACGGUGGACUGAGAGAGUCUCUAUAUUAGAAAGAAAAUUGGAAGAUUUAAGCAACAAGCAGAGACGUCCAGCAGAGCGUGCUUGCGAGAAGAUAACAAAUGAAUCGAUUGGGGUGACCAGUAUUAGUCGCACACCUUCUAAUGUAACUUGGACUAUACCAUCUUAUUUCACAGAUAAGAAAUUGUGCAGAGGCACUUAUAUUGACAGAGGUUUUGUGUUAACUACAGCAAAUUGCAUGCUUUCUUACAAAUUUUCAGAAGUGGGAUUUUUCUUCUCUGAUUCGACAGUAUUUAAGGAAAUAAAGGCAACUCACAUACAUCCUGAGUACUUAAUAAAAAAUCCUUUGUUUAACAAUAUUGGGUUGGUUGAACUGGACAGUGAUGUGAAAUACACCUCCGAGCUGUUACCACCUUGUAUGUACACUUCAGAAUUCUAUCCAAAGAGUGGCCUCAUGACAAAAGGUGGGAAAGUUCAGAUUGUGGCGGACUCUGAAUGUCUUGAUACGAAUACGAAUAGUUCUAACCUGCACCACUCUCAAAUAUGUGCAAAAUACUUAGAAAACACUUGUACUUAUCCGGGUGAACCAAUAUUGAUGGUAGACGAGGAAACGAUCCCCAAAUACAGGCUUUUCGGAAUUGUAGGAACAAAAUCUUGCAAUAGUAAACCGUAUGUGAUAACAAGAGUGUUUAAUUACUUGGACUUUAUAGAAAGAAUUGUCUGGCCGAAGAAUGGAAAUUUAAUUUCGAAUUAGGAAUAAAUUUAUACGGCUUUACUCACCAUAUUUAUAAAUAUGUAAACGUUAUGAAUUUUUGUUAUUGUUGCAUUUUGAUUAAAUUAUAUACGAAAAUUGGCCAUCAUGGCGUAUACGCAACUUCGCUUAAUUCUAAUAUCAUCACACUCAAAACCCAGCCAAUUGAUUAACAUUUGUUGUUGUUUUAAUACGUUUUACAUACGGUGUUGUGGUCAUAGACCUCGAUCAGGUAUAAAUUCCGCUUAUUGCAAAGUCAUCAUCUUAUGCUGCUUUAUAAUAUAUAUGUAGCUCAAGAGUAAAUAAGAAUAUGGAGGCAAAAUUAUGGACGAAAUUGAUGUUGUUAUUUAUGGGGCUAAAUUGAUUCAAGUACCUUAAAUGUCUUACCGCUGGUGGAGGACAGAAAAUAUUUUAUUGAGCUGAGAAUAUUUUCAUUUUGAUUUUAUUUUACUUUUUCUAGUCUUUAUAUACAAUUUUAAUUCUAACUUAUCUAACUUAAACUAUGUGUGGUUGUAUGUAUAAUCACACGACAUGGGGUUCUUUUUAAUUGUACAACUCAAUGCAUGUGCGUGAAUUUGUAUGUUAUCUACUUUAUGUGAUAUGGGUUUCUUAUUUGUGAGUACAUAUUUAGUUUUCACCAUACGUAUGUUUCGUACUAGCUCAGCAUUAUCAAUGAAAUGCAUGUUCAAAUACAAUUGUACAAUGAAUACGCUGCUAAUAACAUACGCAUGGUAUAGGAAUAUACUAAUCUACUUUUUUGUGCAUUUUUUAAGAAUUUAAAUUUAAAUUUUAGGAAUUACUAUGUAGUUUCUAUGUGUAUCCAAAAACUAUGAGGUAGUAAUACUCCAACGAAGCUACUUACAUGAAUGUACAAUGGAUAUAAAACAUGUGGUAUAUUUUUGUUUUAUUAGGCAUUGUAGAAUAUUAUAUUAAAACAUUAAGAAAUAAAAUGCUAAUUCUUAAAGAGAAAA